AUGCAGUUAGAAAUCGACACCGGCGAGGACAACGACUCUCUCUUUUCCGAGGAAGGCUCGACUAGGAGUGCCUCGAUCGCUUCGUCCGUCCUCAACUAUACGUACGAGAACGGCCGUCGAUACCAUGCCUACCGCAAGGGGGCGUAUUUGUUACCGAACGACGAAGAAGAGCAGGACCGGCUCGACCUCAUGCAUCACAUCUAUCGGCUGUGCCUCGACGGCAAGUUGCACCUGGCCCCGCUGAAACCGGACGUACAACGCGUCCUGGAUAUCGGCACGGGAACUGGCAUUUGGGCCAUCGACUUCGCCGACGAGUAUACAUCCGCCGAAGUCAUCGGGAACGACCUCAGCCCCACCCAGCCGAGCUGGGUACCUCCGAACUUGAAAUUCUACAUCGACGACAUCGAGGCCGAGUGGACGUACAGCCCCUCCGAAGCAUUCGAUUACAUCCAUGUCCGAGGGAUGGGAGGGAGUAUCCUGGACUGGAACAAGCUGUACCAGCAGAGCUUCAAGAAUCUAAAACCGGGCGGCUGGCUCGAACUGCAUGAGCCGGAGGCUAUGUUCCGAGGGGACGAUGGGACCGAAAAGGCCGCCGAGUCCGUUCAACAGUGGCAGGGCCUGAUUAAUCAGGCGGCACGCAAAUUCGGGAAGGAACUCGAUCGUGCCCCGUUGCAUAAACAGCGCUUGAUCGACGCGGGAUUUAUUGACGUGCAUGAGGAGAUCUUUAAGGUUCCCGUCGGGCCCUGGGCCAAGGAUCCGAAAUACAAGUUGAUCGGUCGCUAUCAACGAGAACAUGCCGUGGCCGGCAUCGAGCCGUAUACGCUGGGGUUCAUUGUCAAGAUCCUCGGCUGGAGCCAAGAAGAGGCACAGAUAAUGAUCGCGAACGUCCUCAACGAACUGAAAGAUCGCAGGCUCCAUCUGUAUGUGCCGUUUUACUACGUCUACGGCCGGAAACCCGAGUCGAAAUCCGAGCCUGCGUAG